UCUAGCAACAGCUGCUAGAGACGCGGCUGAGCCGAGAGGCAGGAGCUCCGGCUUGGUGACUGAUGCAGCCGGGGGAAGAGGCACUGGAUGUCUAAUGUGAGCAGGGCCAGGCCAAGCGGGAAGCUCCACCGGUUCCCCUUCUUGUAUGCAUUUAUCUACAUCCUUCAGAGUUGUGUCAAGUCCAGCGGGCGUUUGUUAAAAGUGGCAACUUGGCAGAGCCAUCGGCCAAGUUAUGGAGUAAACGUGAUGAACUCAGAGGCGAGGCUGACGCAGUGACAGGAGACAGAGUAAUUGGGUCAACGGUUGUCUGGCGGACUGGAGGAAGAAUGAAGUCGAGAUCAUCUUCACCUCCAAUCCUUGUUCAUGCUAAUGAAUCUACACCUGUUCGUGUUCAUAUUCAAAAGCCCAAGUUAUUGCCUUCUGUUGUGGAAAAGGGACCAACACGCAGGGUCUCUAUCACCCUAGGUGGGACAGAAAAUAACUCCUCCGUAAUCCAUUCCAGUGAUGCUAGCUUUGAUGAGAAAUCCAACAUUAAUAAACAAGUGUACCGGUGUGGACUUCAGAUUGACAGCUUAAUGGAAGAUUUAGAGAGUUUGAAAAACAAACUGUCAUGCAAAUUGCUCACAGGAAUUGUUCAGCUUUCAGGGCACCUAACAAAUGAACAGUUUGAGGAUGGACUGAGUACAUCAAAUUGGACAACUGAAGAAUGUGAAGCUGAAACACAAGAGCUCAAUCGAACAACUGAUAAAAUUAGGACUUUUAAGGAGAGUUUUGAAAAGUUACAGAAAGAGCUGGACCUGAGAGGGUUGGAAAAGGAAGACCUUGGCGAAGAGAACAUGCUGUUGACUGCACUUAAAGAAGCUGAAAUGGCAUCAAUAUCUACAGCAGAACAAGUGGCAGCACUUAAGAAUUCUACUGUUGAAUUAAUACAGGAUGCGAGAAGGGGUAGACCGGAAGUGGAAGAUCAGAAGUUGGAGCACAGAUGUAGGAAUCAGGUUGCAGAGGUGAAUCAACUUUCAGCUUCAGGGGUUGGCAGAUUUGCUGGAGCAAACAACUUGCUUUUGGAGAAGCUGGAGAAUUUCAAGAUUGCUAACCAAAAGUUACAAUAUCUCUUAAGGGACUUAUGGAAUCCAGAGCCUUGUGUGAAUUGUACCAACAGACAGAUGGGAGUGUUGACACAGAAGCUGACAAGAAGUGAAACUGAAAAUAUUCAUUUAAAAAGAAAACUCCUAGACAUUGAGAGAAACGCUAAAGAAUUUUCGGAGCAGUAUCAGAUGGAAAAAGAUAAUUCUUGCUUUGUAAAGCAGCUUUCAAAGUCUGUUGAAGCAACCCAAGUUCGUCUACAGGAACAGCUCAAAAACAAAGAUGCCAAGAGCAACAGAAUGUCAAUUCAGAUACGAAAAUUUGAGAAGACUGUAAUCGAUCAAAAGUUGCAAAUCGCGCACCUUAGGUCACAGUUACCAGCUCUGAAAGGAAAGGCUGAGGUAGACAAAGAGGUUCUGAAGAAGGCAGCACGAGCUCAGAAAAGGAGAGCGGAGAGAUUUGAGGCUGCUAUGGAAAACCUUAACUCCCAGAUCAAAGAUAAGGAUCUGAAGCUAUCAGAAACCCGUCUGACCGUUGACAGCUGGAAGAAGCAACAUGAUUUGGCUGUUGAGGAAAAAGCCCAACUGGAAACUGAAAUUAUUUCUCUUUCCAAUAGGGUGGCUGACCUAAAGGAGCAGCUUCAGAGCUCUGCAGAAAGGAGCAGAUCAACAAGCCAUGACCUUCUCAGCAAGUUACACAACAGCAACUUGGAAAACUCUAAUCUCAGACUGGAGAAUGCACAAUUAAAGGUUUCAUUAACAGCUUUGGAAGAAAAGGCGUCAACGGCAACAGCAGAAAUUGAGCAGCUAAAAGCCGAAGGCAAACAACAGAAGGAAGUUGUUCUACAAUAUGAAACUCAGGCUGGCGACCAGAGCUUCCAAUUGAAAUCCUCUUCCGAAAAAGUGGAAUCUUUGCAUGAGGAGAAACAAAAAUUACAGACGGCGUUAGAAGCUCUUUCUCGGAGACUAAAGGAGGUUGAUUUACAAAACCAAGAGUUAACCGAGACGAUGGCAAAGCAGGAAGAAGCUCUUUUGCACAGCAGAUGUCAGCUGGAAGAGAGGUCAAGGGAAUCUGCAGCCUUAAGUCGGCAGCUGGAAGCUGCGAUACACGAUGUUAGUGAAAAGGUCAGCGAGGUGAAGGAUCAAGCGGUAGCUCAAGAAUGUGCACUUCAGAGCAAAGUGCAUAGCCUUGAAUCAGAAUUAAACAGGAAGACUAAAGAACUGAAGCAGCUUCAACAGAACAAGAAUAACGCUGAGAUGAGUCAUAAAACGCAUCUGCAGGAGUUGAAGCUCAGUCUCGAGCAAUCUGAGAGUGAGAAUCAGAGCAUCCAGAACUACGUACAGUUUCUCAAAAUGUCCUAUGCAAUUAUGUUUGGAGACAGCACCUUAACAGAAUUUCAUGCUGAACCAUCAUUGAGAUGAGUAACUUAACUCUGUAGGAUUUGUUGGAGUAUUGCAGUGGUCAUACCCUCAACAUUUGAUGUAGUUGUUUUAUAGUUAAUUGUGGAAAACUUUUUUUAAGUUUGACUUGGUAAGAAACUUCAGUGAAGAUCAUGGAAAUUGCUUGAUCAGGACAGAUUACCUGAGAUUAUAAGCAAACACUGCACAAUACAAAGAUAGUACUACUGUGGUCAAUGCUUAUAAAUUAAUAUGCUUGAAUAUUGUAUUUUUCAAUGUUAGUUUGAAUUUGUGCUGGUGUGUAAAUGAAUAAUUUUAUUUUUGUUACGACAAAAUUGUUAAUCUUGUUUUUCUUAAUCAUUAUUUUUGUAUCUGCAAUUUGUUUUUGACAUUGUCCCUUUUAUGAAAUGUUCACAUAUUCAUCCUCGGUUGGUCAAUUUCCACACACUAAAGAAUAAAGCCACUGUGAAAAUAAGUAGGGAAACUACCAGGAUACUAUUCCUUCUAUGGGUUUUUUGUCACGUAGGAACAGAAGACCAUUUGGCUUCCCGAGCCUGUUCCACCGUUCAAUGAGAUCAUGGCUAGUUUGUAUCCUAACUCCACCCACCCACCUUCACUCCAUACUUCCUUAUUACCAUCAGCUAACGAAAACCUGUGGACCUCAGGUUUGAAUGUAUUAAUUGAGCUAGUAUUUAAUUCUUUUUCUGGGAGAGGGUUCCAUUCUACCACCAUUUAUAUGAAGAGGUGUUUGCUCUUAAUAGCAUGGCUUUGAUUUUAAGGUUAUGUUCUCUGGCCCUAAAAUACCCUAGCAGCUGAAAAAUGUUUCGGUUUACAUCUGCCCCUGAGCUCUCGCGAUGUUUCCUUCGGCAGGCACCGAUAAUUGAUAGGCCUAUUAAGGCCAUUAAUGAAGUAAUUAAUGUCAUGUUUACGCUGCCUGUUCAACCUUACAGUUGGCGGGCAGGCAAA